AUGACUGGUGUGCAAUUUGGCAGUCUUCUGACAGAGUUCCUCAAGCAGAAUGAAGCCUCCUACCGGCAGCGAGCCUUAGACUUGGGAAUCGAGUUUACACAGUUCAAUGGGUUCCAUUCAACCAAGAAGAACCUCGACAAAAUCUUCGGCUUAGACCUGGAUCUUGUCAACUUGCGCAAGGAGGUCUACGACGAUAAUUGUCGUACUCCAGAAAUGGAGUUUGGCACCGCCGAGGAAGAUGCUUUCAGACGUGAUGCAACUGCCAAUGCCUUAGGCCUGGAUGACCUGUAUGCUGGCAUAAUACGGACACCACUCGAGCCGAGGCAGACCUUUCUCGACGAUCCUUUGCGUGUGCUACGUCUCAUUGGCAUAGGCAGCAAACUCGGUUUCGCUCUUGAUUCCGAGGCUCUGAGCUGCAUCAAAGAGCACGAAAUUCACGUUGCUCUAGACGAGAAUGUCAGCCGAGAGAGAGUUGGGAUCGAAGUCUUUAAAAUGAUGAAGAACCAGAACCCCGAGCUAUCUUUUUCCUUAAUUCAUGAGGCCAAUCUUUAUGGAACUGUCUUCCUGUCGUUGCGCUCUCCUCUGCAUGAGCCCCUUCGUCAUCUCCUCCCCCAGGAACCCGACAGGCCAUGGCCACCCACUUGGUCUCGGGCAAUCAACGCUAUCACGAUGUUAGCGCAGGAUCCAGCACGAGAAUUUUGGUCUUUGAUGGAAUCUGAGAAACAGCAAGACAUGUUUUGGGCGAUGGUCAUUUAUGCUCCGUUAGCAGGGCUAAAUACCAAGGAUCAUAGGCUUGCCGUUGACGAAGUUACAAAUGCCCUGAAGGGCACCAGGCAACUUUACAAGCUUAUCGAAUCGUCGCUAGGGAACUUAGAAUCUAUUCAAUCCACUACAGAACUGGUUGUCAGCUCUAUUCCAUCCCGGGGCACGAUUGGUAUGAGGAUCCGAAAAUGGGGGCUUUUCUGGGGCUUACAGGUUCUUUUCUCGGCUCUUGGAGAGAUAGUAUACUUGAGGCCACAACCGGAAUCUCAAGACCCGAGUCAGGAGGACAUCCAUAAGGUUUUACAGAGACACGAAGCCCUGCUCUCACUUGCCCAGAAACAAAGGCUGGAUUCGGUUUCGUCGUUGAGGCCAAUUUUGGAUGGAAACGCCAUGAAAAAGGCUCUUGGGGUCAAGCAGGGAGGGAAAUUCCUUGCCAGGGCAAUUGAAGGCCUGCUUGAAUGGCAACUUGAUCAUGAGGAGGCAGACGAAGCAGCGGCUGAGGCAUGGCUUCUUAGCCAGAGGGAAAAACUAGGCCCCCCAAUAGCUGAGAGCAAAUGA